AUGUUGAUGCUGGUGAAAGAGGAGCUUAAGACGAUGACAGAUCCACAACCAUGCAGAAUACAGGAUGAAGAUACUGAGGAACAAAUAGGCCUUAGCCGGCACAAGAAAGCUCAUGGUGGGGAAAAGCCACACGCGUGCCAGCAUUGUGACAAGAGUUUCCCAGAUAAAAGUCAACUUAAGAUACACAUUAGAGUUCACACCGGAGAGAAACCUUACACUUGUCAACAGUGUGGAAAGAUUUUUAUAACAAAACCUAAGCUUAAAGCACACAUGAGGAUUCACACCGAAAAGAGAAGACACCCAUGCCAUCAGUGUGGAAAGAGUUUUACAACUGCAGUUAACCUUAAGGUACACAUGAGGAUUCACACUGGAGAAAAACCUUACACUUGUCAACAGUGUGGAAAGAGUUUCUCUAUUGAAAGUAACCUUAAGAUACACACAAGAAUUCACACUGGAGAGAAACCGUUCACAUGCCAUGCGUGUAAAAAAUGUUUCAGAAUUAAAUGUGGCCUUAUAGCACACAUGAAAAUUCACAAAGGAGAGAAACCUCACGUGUGUUUUCAGUGUGAAAAGAGUUUUACAAGUAAAGGUGCUCUUAAGACACACAUGACAGUUCACACUGAAGAGAAACCGUUCACAUGCCAUCAGUGUGGAAAGAGUUUUAAAAUGAAACGUAACCUUAAUGAACACCUAAGAAUUCACACCGGAGAGAAACCUCACGCAUGUCUUCAGUGUGAAAGAAGUUUCAAAAGUGAAGACUCUCUUAAGAGACACAUGAUAACUCACACCAGAGAGAAACCGUUCAUUUGUCAUCAGUGUGGAAAGGGUUUUACAAAGAAAUGUAACCUUAAUGCACAUGUGAGAAUUCACACCGGAGAGAAACCAUACGUGUGCCAUCAGUGUGGAAAGAGUUUCGGGACAAAAACAAACCAUAAUGUACAUUUGAGCACUCACACUAAAGAGAAACCGUUCACAUGCCAUGAGUGUAAAAAGAGUUUUAAAACAAAAGCUGCCCUUAACAAACACAUGAGAAUCCACACUCAAUAGAAACCAUUCAUGUGUCAACAGUGUGGAUAUGACAACAAAGUUGGUGUACGACAAAAAAGAUUGAGGCCGUUUCUCAAUAUGUGUUCUUGUUUGUACUUGUGUUUUUGUGGACUUGUGAAACGUCAUAAUUCGUGGCCCAAGUACUGUUCCAAUUCCAAGUUCCCAUCAAGUCAAGUUCACAUAACAUCUCAGGAUGUGUUCUUGAUCCGCUCAUUUUAUCGAGGACGCAUCAGGAGGGGACUUGUGUGUACAAGUUUUCCAGAAUGCAAUUCACGUUAAUGGCAAAGGAGCUUAAAACCUGCAAAAUAUUACUCUCUGUGUCAUAAAAUGUAGCCAUUUAUGGAGAAUAUAGAUGAAUAAACUUUAAAUCUGUGGUUAAAUAGUAAAGAAAGCGCCUAUAUUAACAUUUCCUCUGACAAUUUUGGAUAUGUGAGUUCAAGUUGAUCAGCGGGUUGUCAGUGUCGUGUACACCGCCGAGGGCAAAUUCAUCUCUGCAACUCCUUCUGAAAUUUGCCGCUGUCUCAUUGCAGCUGCUCUGCCCUUCAGUGUCUGAUGGUCAAACAUGAAA